AUGAAAGUAAUUGCUGUGACUCUAGUGUUAUUGUUGGCAGGUAAAGCAUUAGCCGGUGAUCUAACCAAUAGAUAUCCAAUCAUUGGUAAAAGCAAGCCAACUCUCGUGAGUAUCUUGACAGAAUUGGAGAGCAAAUUAUCAUCAGGUGGAUCAAUUGAUACAGCCGUGAACUUCUUGUCCAAUCUUAGAGCUUCAAUAGAUUCUGAAUAAAUCAGACAUGAUCAAUUAUACACAGAUCAAAGAAAUCAAUGCAAUGCUGAAUUAGAAUUGAGAACCAAGGAUGUGAAAGAUGCAGAAUAAGUAUUGAACAGAGCAACUGAGUAAUAUGAAAAUUGUUCUACUUCUAAGAAGAAGGCUGAUGCUGAACUCGAUAACAACUUAGAUAGCCAAAAAGCUACUGAUACCGACAUCAAGAUUUUGGAUUCAAUUAGACAAGCUGGUGCCACAAACUAUAAUGCAAAGAAAUAGGAUCACAUCGAUGCUUUAAGAUCAAUUUAAGAAAGUUUGAAGAUCUUGGAUAGUUUCUAAUCAGGAGGUGCUUCAUUAGCUUAAAUGUCUGAGAUUUCAUUGAGAAUGAUCUAAGAUGCAGUAAAAUUGAAGACAACAAACAUAAUGAGUCAAAUUUCUAGCAUCUUCGCCUAGAUGUUAACUUAGAAUGGAGGAUACAUUGAAGUAUUUGAAAGACUUAAGUAAUUAUUGCAAAACUUGGAAUAAAAUUUGUAUACUAAUUUGUAGAAGAUUUCUGAAGAGGAAGACCAAUCAAUAUAAGAAUAUGAUGACAGAAGAGUUCAUUUAGUUGAAUAUUACAAUAAUUUGAAGAGAACUGAGAACAAAUUGAGAGAUCACAUUACCACUAUGGAUAUUUGUUAAGACUAGCAAUCAGCCAUAAUUGACAGUGCCAGAGGAAAGAAGGUGAGAAAUGGAGAAAUCUUUGACAGUGCUACAAGAAUGUGCAACGAUUUCGCAUCAGAAUAUGAGAAGGCAACUCAAGUGAGAAAAUAGGAGUUGGAAUUGGUUGAUAAAGUGAAGGCGAAGAUAAUUGAAAGAGGAUCAUGAUAUUUAUUUGGUUUGAUUAUUAUAAUU